AUGAACUUGGCGCCGGACACCAUCACGACAGAGGCGCAGCGCAAGACGGAGUUGUUGCUGCUCGAUUACCUGCGCAGCACAAACCCUCACGUUUACGCGCUAUGGAAGUAUCACCCGGACAAGGACAAGGACGACUCCUCUUUCUCCGCCGCGUCGUCGUCGUCGUCUCCGGAUGCCGAUCGUGGCACCGGAAGUGAUGACCACGACGACGAAAGGGCUAGCGCGUCCUCCUCCUCAGCAGGGCCGACACUAACGGAUCCGUUUGUCUGCGAAUGGCCGCGCUUCCACCGUGCCGCUCACGUCCGCUUCCUCAUGGAAAACCUCAACGCGGCGCCGCAGGGCAUGUCCGGUCUCUACCCUUCGCGGCCGUGGAUCGUAUACUGGGCCUUACAAGCUGCCGACGUGCUGAGUGUCAUGGAAAACGAGGUGCUGCACCGUACCCCACCAAGCGCAAUCGUGGCGUUCCUGCACAGCUGUCUCAGCAUUGACCACACAUGCCAAGCGGAGGUAAACAACCGGCUCGCGGUUGCCGCCAAGUCCACUAGUAAAGCUGAGGAAGUGAAAGCUACUCACACCACCGGCACCCUUGCGGGAAGCAGAACAACAUCCGUGAUACCCGCGAGUGACAGCGACGACGCGACGAGCGCCACCUUCAUGCCACUAGAGGGUACUGCAGAGGUGAUUGACGGUCCCUCGCGGCCGGUGAUAGGGUUUGCCGGUGGCGCCAGGCACCAAGAGCCACACAUCGCCUCCUCCUACGCAGCCUGCUGCGCUCUCGCGAUAUUGAGCUGGUAUGAGGACGGGGCGUCACUGCGGCAACUUCCGCGCGCCGCGAUCAAACGGUGGCUUCUCACACUGCGCAACGAGGAUGGCAGCUUUCGCGUGCACGGCGGCGGUGAGUCGGAUAUUCGUGCCUCGUACUGCGCCGCAGUCAUGACAACCCUUCUCGGGCUCGAUGACCCCGAAACUUUUGACGGUGAGGCCGGCCGCCGCGAGUUUGUCGACGACGUGCGCGACGCCCCGGUUCUCACAGUGCAGACGGCACGCUUUGUUGCCGCCUGCCAGACCCAUGAAGGCGGCUUCACAUGCUCGGCCACCGCAUCGGAGGCGCACGGGGCGUAUACCCAAUGCGGCCUGGCCGCCCUGCUGCUCAUGAAGCAGCCGCACAUGGUACAUCAGACUUCACUGCGUCGCUGGCUCGCUGCACGUCAGCUGAACUGUGAAGGCGGCUUCAACGGUCGCACAAACAAGCUAGUCGACUCGUGCUACUCGUAUUGGAUCGGCGCAUCGCACGUGCUGCUGCGUACGGUCGAGGCAUACACAAAGUGCUUCACCGAAGUGCCUAACACACCGUCAGGUAACGAAGACAGCACGGAAGCUAACGAAGAUGGUGGCACUGAGGAUGACGAUUCUUCCCCGUCCUCUCGCUGUCUUCGGGCUCGAGAAGUGCUGCUGCUGGACCACGCGCAGCUACUCGACGUAAAGAUGAUUCACGCUAGCGCCGAUGACGCCUGGGACCAUGCUGAGGGGGAGUACCUGACGCGACUGGAUAUGGUGGAUCAGUUCCUUGGUGCCGAUGAUGAGGUGCUGCGGUCGGCAGAAGGAAAGAAAGCAGCCAACACGGCCUUGUAUGAGCGUCUACUGGAGACCCAGCUCGCCGCAGAGCGCAGUUCUAACGGCGAUGGCGACGCGGCUGCGGGAGACGUGCAGGGCAGCCUGGAGGCAUGGCGAGCGCGCCAAGCUUUCCUCUACGCCGAUGUGGGCGACUUCUACUUCAACCAGCGCAAACUGCAGGACUAUGUCCUGCGCUGUUGUCAGGAUCCCGAGAUUGGUGGCUUGAUGGACAAGCCCGGCACAGCACACGACGGGUACCACACGUGCUACUCGCUCUCAGGGAUGAGUGCAGCGCAGAACUUGCAGUAUCGGACUCAUGCCACCGCUGCCACCGUCGCGGCCUACACCUCUCCCUACCUCGGACGCGCCUUCGCCCGCUCGUAUCUCCCAGCACGUGAGAGCAGUAGCAUGCGCAGCAGCAACGAGGCUAGCUAUGGUGUAGUGUUGGACUUAUCAAGCACCUCCGCCGCUGCGGAAUCGAUGAUUCUGCAGACAACGAACCCAAUCUUUAACAUUCAUCAAUCGCGCGUGCUCUCCGCGCUGCGUGUGUGGAGUGCAAAGACGUUCGUGUAA